UUGGAGUUCUUAAAGAUUCAUUAGUGUCACACUUGAUGCAGAUACAUAAUUACCACUAAAAAUUGAUCACUGUCCCUCUGUUUACAAUGUCGAAGAGUGGUGAGGUUUCAUGGAAAAGUGAGAAUUUGGGCAAGCGGAGAUGGGCUUUCGUGGUGUUCCUUGGGAUACUGAUACUUCAUGGAUUGGCUAUUCUUGUCUUCACCAGAGGAUUCCUCCUAACUCGCACUGAACUUUCACAAUAUAGUCACUGCUCUGAUAUUCAACAAUCUCCAUGCUUCUCUCCUUCUCAAGAUGAUCAAAUGGUUAACCAUUCUAAAGGGUGCUGGACGAAACCAGCCGUUGAUCGAAUUGUUAUCAUCGUUCUUGAUGCUCUCAGGUAUGACUUUGUUGCUCCAAGUACCUUUUUUGAUGAGAAAAAACCGUGGAUGGACAGAUUGCAGGUGUUGCACGAGUUGGCAUCUCAGCCAGGUUCGUUUGCUAAGAUCUUUAAAGCUAUUGCUGAUCCUCCAACAACCAGUUUGCAACGUCUAAAGGGAUUAACAACUGGUGGGCUUCCAACUUUUAUUGAUGUGGGUAACAGCUUUGGCGCACCAGCUAUCAUUGAAGAUAAUUUGAUUUAUCAGAUGGCUAAGAAUGGCAAGCGAGUUGUGAUGAUGGGGGAUGACACGUGGGUUCAACUGUUUCCUCAACAUUUUAAUAUAUCUCAUCCAUUCCCUUCAUUUAAUGUUAAAGACCUUGACACGGUAGAUAAUGGCUGCGUUGAGCACUUGUUUCCAUACUUGUAUCAAGAAGAUUGGGAUGUACUUAUAGCACAUUUUCUUGGCGUGGAUCAUGCCGGACAUAUUUUUGGUGUUGAUUCCACUGAAAUGAUAGAAAAGUUGGAGCAGUACAAUGGGAUUUUGGAGAAAGUUGUUGAUGUCCUGGAAAGCCAAAGUGGACCUGGCGGGUUACAUGAAAAUACUCUGCUUCUUGUGAUGGGUGAUCAUGGGCAAACCAUCAACGGUGAUCAUGGUGGAGGUGCUCCAGAAGAGGUUGAAACGUCACUAUUUGCUAUGAGUUUGCAAAAGAAUCCGUCUUCCUUACCGUCUGAAACUGAUAGCUCAUCUUGUCGGCUUGACACAGAGAAGAGGAAGAUAUGCACUAGCUCCAUUGAGCAGCUUGACUUUGCUGCAACAGUAUCUGCUCUGCUUGGCAUUCCUUAUCCUUUUGGAAGCAUCGGGCGUGUUAAUCCUGAACUGUAUGCAUUAGCUGCUGGUACUUGGAACUUGGACAUCUUUACCCCUGAAAGUGGAAUAAAUCUCUCAGGAUCGGAAAGGUGGAUGCAGAACUACGUCAAUGUCCUCUGCAUGAAUACAUGGCAGGUGAAAAGAUACAUUGAUGUAUAUUCAGCUUCAUCAGUGAUAGGAUUUUCAGACAAAGAUAUGUCUCAUGUAUCGAGCCUCUAUGCUCAGGCCCAUGAUAAUUGGUUACAUACCAAAGAAGCUGUUUUGAAUUGUAAAAGUGAAAGUUGUUCAACAUUGUUACCUCAACUGAAGAAGCAAGUUGAAGCUUAUUCUAAUUUCCUGUCAAGUAUUACUGCACUUGCUCGUUCCAAAUGGACAGAGUUCAAUCUAAAGAUGAUGGGCACUGGUUUAUGCAUCUUGGUGCUCUCUCUUUUUGUUCAUAUUUUCACCAUCAAGAAAUUGGACAAACUAUGCAGUUGCUAUCUUCCUCGUGGUGGAGAUUUUGUUGUUUCUUUUGAGGCUAUUUUUGCUUAUGCUGCUGUGCUGAUUCGUUCUUUCAGUUUUCUUUCAAAUAGUUUCAUCUUGGAGGAAGGUAAAACAGCAAGUUUUCUGUUGGCCACGGCUGGAAUGCUUCAAUUACGUCAUGCAAUAGUAAAAAAGAAGAUGUUUCUUGAAGGAUUUCUUUUUGUUCUGGUGGUUCCUCUUCUCAGAUUUGGUAUUGAACUUGGACAGUCAAAGCAGGCUGUCAAUUCUUUAUUUUUGAAGUCAUUUGCUUCAUGGACUGUAAGCGUUGACAACGGCACCAACUUAUGGAUUUAUGUUGCUGAUAUAUUGCCCUUUUUAGCUCUUGUCAUUUUAGCUUAUAUACUUUAUUACAAGAGCAUCACGCACAGUUCUUGUCGGGGGAUAUUCAAGUUAGUUGCCGUUGGAACCAUAUUUGCUUCUUCUCUUAUAGCUCUGGCUUGGGCUUUAGAUGGUAACUUAUUCAGACCAAGCACAAUUAUUGUGGAUAUAAAAGCAUAUUGGAUUCCUCGGAUCAUCUAUGUUAUUGGUCUUCUACAAUUAUUUUUAUUAGCAAUAUCUCAACUUUUUGGUAAAGAGAAAACUUCAGGUUGGGAGGAAGAUACAAUUGUUAAAGUAACUGCCAUGUUAUCAGCAUGGAGUUCAACAAUAAUCAUUUUAUCCGGGAAACAAGGUCCUCUAGUUGCUCUAGUAGCAGUAAUUCAAGGGUGGUGUGUAAUUAGGUUGAUGACGUUGGAACGAGCAAAGAAUGACUAUUACGACAGUUCAACUUCAUAUUCUUCUCCGGUGGCAAAAUGGAGUCUUUUAGCUGUGUGUCUGUUUUUCUGCACUGGACAUUGGUGUGCCUUCGAUGGCCUGCGCUAUGCUUCCGCAUUCGUUGGGUUUGAUGAAUUCAACCUUAUUCGUCAAGCUGCCCUGCUUACCAUAGAUACAUUUGGUUUCUCCCACAUUCUUCCGGUAAUGGGACUUCCACUUAUCGUUGCUUGCCGACGACAUCCAGAAGUCCAGGCUGAGAAAAGGAAACCACUGUUUUUUCUCCAGUUAUGCCAGGUCUAUUUGAUGUACGGACUUACUAUGGCUAUAUCUAUGACACUUACAAUUAUAUGUGUUACGAUUCAAAGGCGACACUUGAUGGUAUGGGGCUUAUUUGCUCCAAAGUUCGUCUUCGAUGCUGUGGGUCUUCUUCUUACUGACCUCUUCAUAUGCCUCGCAUCACUGUACUAUUUUGCAUGACCAAAUAAACUAGAUGAAGAAUUAAGCAUUAUGGAGGUGAUCUUUCAGCAAUUUCAUCGGACUAUCUUACAAAGUUCUUCCAUUAACAUCAGUAUAUCGUCCUCGCUAAGGUUACUCCCCAUACAAUUGCAUCGGAAUAUAGUUCAUUCUUGGAAAGAGAAGAAAAGUGAAGAUAGUAGAGUAACAUUUUGUUGUAUCCUAA